AGUCUUGUGCUGUUAAAAGCAUAAAAAAAAGAGAGUAAUCAACCAGGGAUUGUCAAAGAGUUGUCGAAGCAACAAAAAAUCUAAGAGCAGAAAAUGGAGAGGCUUGAUGAAUCAAACGACCACAAUUCAAUUAAGAAGCGCGAUGCCCAUUUGGAUCCUCCCUCCAACCCUACUCCUAAAAAGUCAAAAACUGAUGAUAAUCAAAUGAGUACUGGUAAUGAAUUGUUGUUUGCAGUCCAAGCAGAUGGGGCGGAAGAUAAGGGCUCCAGGCAUUCUAUGGAAGAUAAAUUUGUUGUUUUACCUGAUGCCACUCUCAACUUCCCUCCUGGAACCCUGAGAUGUGCUCACUAUGCAGUAUAUGACGGACACGGAGGUCAACUAGCUGCCGAGUAUGCUCAGAGGCAUUUACAUGCAAAUAUAAUGGCUGCUGGCUUACCACGUGAGUUGUUGGAUGUAAAAGCUGCGAAAAGAGCCAUAUUUGAUGGGUUCAGGAAAACAGAUGAAUCUCUUCUGCAGGAGAGUGCUGCAGGGGGAUGGAUGGAUGGUGCUACAGCUGUUUGCGUGUGGGUAUUAGGUCAAACUGUGUUUGUUGCAAACAUUGGAGAUGCAAAGGCAGUUGUUGCACGUUCAUCAGCCACCAAUAACUUAGAGAAUGAGUCAAAUGAUUCAAAUCCAUUAAAAGCAAUUGUGUUGACAAGGGAACACAAGGCCAUUUAUCCACAAGAACGGGCACGUAUACAAAAGGCGGGUGGUUCUGUGAGUGCGAACGGACGACUCCAAGGGCGACUUGAGGUUUCUAGGGCUUUUGGAGAUCGUCAAUUUAAGAAGGUGGGUGUUGUUGCCACCCCAGAUAUCCAUUCUUUUAACCUUACAGAAAGAGACAAGUUCAUUAUUCUUGGCUGUGAUGGCUUAUGGGGGGUUUUUGGAGCAAGUGAUGCUGUUGAAUUUGUUCACAAGUUGUUGAAGGAGGGAUUAUCUGUAGCAGCUGUUACUCGUCGCCUUGUCAGGGAAGCUGUCCGUGAGCGAAACUGUAAAGAUAACUGCACUGCGUUGGUUAUUAUUUUCAAAAGGCAGUAGCAUAAUCGAGAAUCUAAUCUUGUAUAAUUAGUUUUCUUGCCCAAGCAACUUUGUUACUAGGACAUGUCUACUAUUUUUAUGUUGUGUUCUACAAGUUGGCUGCCUUUCAGUACCUCAGUGAUGUCAGAUACUUAAUUGAAGUGUUUGAUGUCAUUAGUGAAAUCAGUGGUUGUAAAUUAGUAUAUCAGACAUUAUUGUUUCAUUUCAAGACAUCCAAAUAUGUGUACCUUUUCAAUUCA